AUGUCUGGAAAUUGGCGUUGUCUGUCCGUUCUUGUUCUGCUCGCCUGUCGAGUACAAUGCAUGCUCCGCCCUUCACCGAUUCCCGAGCACGUAUGGCAUGGCCCUCAACAAGCCUCGUAUCCUCAAGCUUUUCAAGAGACCUCUGGGCCGGGAGGAGAGAUGGGCAUGUUGAUCACAUCCGACCAAUCACAUCAUCAAUUCAUGGGCGCAGCAGGUCCAGCUUCAAGCAUGUUUUCACACACAGCGCCUGCGCCUGCUGUCUUUUACCCGCCGUAUAACAUGCAACAAGGAGCACACCUGAGUGAUACUCCCUUAUACCCAACUGCCUUCAUCAGUCCUACCUCUCCACCGCUCCAAUCCCUAGGUCAUGAUAUCCCUCCCUAUCAACAUGUGCCUCAGCGCAUUCUUCCUGAGCAGCAUUCAUCUACCGCACAAAGCUCACAGCUUCCGGGCCCAAGGCCAAAAACGAAAGGUAGAAAUUCAAAUAGUCAAAUGACGCCGUCUAGCCCGCAGAAGAUAGCAGAUACUCCUGUGUCCAAAUCGCGCCUUAACCCCCACGCAACGCCGUUUACACCACCGCAUAAAUUAGGGUCAAAGCAAAAAGAUCAUAGCAAGAUUGCCUCAACAGAAGAAAAAGAUGAGGGCCCAGUUGAACAUGAAUCUGGUGAAGAUGGAUGUCCUACCGAGCCAUUGACCAGUACAGCGAAUGAUUCUUCUCAACCCGAAUUUCAGACAAACAAACUUGAAUCAGCUUUGCAAAGCCCUUCACAGACCGGUGAAGUUUCUGACCAUUCUUUCGGUCACCAUCGUGAAGGAAAACUGGAUUUAGACGGCAUGCAGCAAACUAAGCAAUCAACAGCUGAAAUAGAAAAAGAUGAUAUAGCUGAAGGGACAGCCUAUCUCAGGAACGUCUUCAACAUUCAGUCUCCUACCGCUGAUGAGAGCGAAUCGCAAAAAAAUGUGGUGGUUCGGACUUUUAUUUCUCGAAACGUCACUUGA